CUACCGUUGUGCCUUUGAAAUCAUGGGUCAAGCAGGGAGCAGCACAGAUGCAGAGGUGACUCUUCAGGACAUCCAGGAGCUCUACGGUAAAUUUGCCAAAGAAUGUCCGAGUGGAAACCUGCAUUUACACGAGUUCAAGAGAAUCUUCGGGGUGAACAGCAGCUCUACAGAAGAGGAAGCGGCGUACAUGGAAAAUGUGUUUCGGUCCUUCGAUACUAAUAAGGACGGGAAAAUUGACUUUAUGGAGUUCGUAGCAGCAGUGAACCUCAUUCUUCGUGGAAAACUGGUGGACAAACUGAAAUGGUCUUUUAAAGUUUAUGACACAGAUGGAAAUGGCUGCCUAACCAGACAGGAAGUCAGGCAUAUCAUCAAGAUUAUCAACAAGAUAAGGCGGCAUGGGAAUCCCAGUGUGACGGAGAACAUCGAUGACAUCUGUGACAGAAUAUUUGAACUGGUUGACAAGAACAGAGACAGUCAGAUUUCUUUAGAGGAAUUCAUUGAAGGGGCUGAGAAGGACCCAUGGCUGAUGGAACAACUCAAACUGGACCUCGGGCCUUCUGACUGGUUCAUGAAACAGACGAAGAAGAGCUCCUGAGUUGUGAUAAAUGCCUGGACACCAGACUGGGGGAAUAAUCGGCCUUAUAAGUGCCCACGGACAUUUUUAAUUGAUCUGGGAACAUCCGUGUGAAGCUUCCAUCAUUUAUUUCCUUUCUGUGAUGGAGA